CGCUGUGGGAUGUCAGCACGCAGGCGCAGCAACCGCCCCACUACGGGCACGCGCCGUCGAGGCGUUAGAGCGCAGAUGUUUCGCCGGAGGCGGAGCCCUAGAGGCAGGCAGCGGAUUUCCGGUUCCGGGAGCAACCAACGGCAGCGGAGGCGACAGCUACCGCUUGAGAGAAGUCGACUGUGGAGGAGGAAGAAGAGUAGGGCAAGGCGGGAGGUGAAGUCGGGACCAUCGCCAUGGGUCCUCGAUCCUAGAGCGGCGGGAGCUACUGUCCUGGUGCCAAGCUGGCUGCUGCUCCUUCCCAUUGCUUCCAUGGCUGAGGACUGGCUGGACUGCCCAGCCCUGGGCCCUGGCUGGAAGCGCCGUGAGGUCUUUCGCAAGUCAGGGGUCACCUGCGGGCGCUCAGACACCUAUUACCAGAGCCCUACAGGAGACAGGAUCCGAAGCAAAGUUGAGUUAACCCGGUACCUGGGCCCUGCGUGUGACCUCACUCUCUUUGACUUCAAACAAGGCAUCUUGCGCUAUCCAGCCGCAAAGGCCCAUUCCUUGGUCGUCCCCAGCAAGAAGCAAAAGAAGCCUUCGAGGCCGGCCAAGACACGGAAAUGUCAGGUUGGAUCCCAGAAGGGUGAGGUCAAGAAGGAUGCCCUGGGGGAUGAUACCAAAGCUGACACUGACACAGCUCCAGCUUCGUUCCCUGAGCCUGGGUGCUGUGAGAACUGUGGAAUCAGCUUCUCAGGCGAUGGUACCCGAAGGCAGCGGCUCAAGACAUUGUGCAAGGACUGCCGAGCACAGAGAAUUGCCUUCAACCGGGAGCAGAGGAUGUUUAAGCGUGUGGGCUGUGGAGAGUGUGCAGCCUGCCAGGUAACUGAAGACUGUGGGGCCUGCCCUACCUGCCUGCUGCAGCUGCCCCGUGAUGUGGCCUCGGGGCUAUUCUGCAAGUGUGAGCGGAGACGCUGCCUCCGGAUUGUGGAAAGGAGCGGAGGGUGCGGAGUGUGCCGGGGCUGUCAGACCCAAGAGGACUGUGGCCGUUGCCAAGUCUGCCUUCGCCCUCCCCGCCCUGGUCUCAGGCGUCAGUGGAGAUGUGUCCAGCGGCGCUGCCUACGGCACCUUGCUCACCGACUUCGUCGCCGCCAUCAGCGAUGUCAGCGACGCCCUCCCCUGGCUGUGGCUCCCCCUGCUGGUAAACAUGGUCGCCGUAGGGGAGGCUGUGACUCCAAAAUGGCUGCCCAGCGACGUCCCCGAGCUCAGCCACUGCCUCCGCUUCCCCCAUCAGAGCCCCCAGAGCCCACAGAGCUGCACCCCAGAGUCCUGGCCCCCUCGCCACCUGCUGAGUUCAUCUAUUACUGUGUAGACGAGGACGAGCUACAGCCCUACAUGAACCGCCGGCAGAACCGCAAGUGCGGGGACUGUGCAGCCUGCCUACGGCGGACGGACUGUGGCCGCUGCGACUUCUGCUGCGACAAGCCCAAAUUCGGGGGCAGCAACCAGAAGCGCCAGAAGUGUCGUUGGCGCCAGUGCCUGCAGUUUGCCAUGAAGCGGCUGCUGCCCAGUGUCUGUUCAGAGUCCGAAGAUGGGGCAGGAUCACCCCCACCGUGCCGUCGUCGAAAGAGGCCUGGCUCUGCUCAACGGCCCCUGAAGCCCCCCUUGACUACACGCACAACCCGACCAGGCUGUGCCAAGGCUCCAAUGAAACAGGAAGCAGGUGGUGGCUUUGUGCUGCCCCCACCUGGCACCGACCUUGUGUUUUUACGGGAAGGCGCAAGUAGUCCUGUGCAGGUGCCAGGCCCUGCUGCAGCUUCCACAGAAGCCCUAUUGCAGGAGGCCCAGUGCUCUGGCCUGAGUUGGGUUGUGGCCUUACCCCAGGUGAAGCAAGAGAAGGCGGAUGCCCAGGAAGAGUGGACACCGGGCACAGCCAUCCUGACUUCUCCUGUAUUGCUGCCUGGCUGCCCUAGCAAGGCAGUAGACCCAGGCCUGCCACCUGUGAAGCAAGAGCCACCUGACCCUGAGGACGAUAAGAAGGAGAACAAGGAUGACGCUGCCUCUGAAUCAGCCCCAGAGGAAGAGGCAGGAGGGGCUGGCACGCCUGUGAUCACGGAGAUUUUCAGCCUGGGUGGAACCCGCUUCCGGGACACAGCAGUCUGGUUGCCAAGGUCCAAGGACCUUAAAAAACCUGGAGCUAGAAAGCAGUAGACUGGAGGCUUCUGCAGACUGUAGGAUUCGAGGUGAUAUUUGCAGACCGGCUUUAUGAGAGACAACACUGAUCUACUAGGGCUGGACCAUAGAUUGGUUGUCAAGGCUUUUGUCAGCACCAACCCUAGGAUGAAAACCUAGCCCCAAACCGGAGGAGGAGGUCAACUCAGUUCUUUGAGCUUACAGAAGUAAGCAGAAAGGAAGAGGAAGUCAGAGUAGAAAGUUUGUACCUCUGCUCCUCCCUGAGAGCCUGAGUGUGAAAAGAAGUUGGAUGUUAGGGGUGGGGGAUGUGGGGUGGGGAAAGGGGAUAUAAUUAAAGCCACCACCAAACAACCUAAACAAGCCAUCUUCAUAAAUCAUUUUAAGUGGCUUCUGGAUGAGACCUGGCAGUGUCUCUCAACAUUUCCUCAGGGAGGCAACAUUGAAAAUGUAAUGUGAAUAAAUGAGAGGAAAGGAAAGGAACUGCUGUUUGGUGAGUUCCUCCUGUGGACCCAAUUUAUUUAAUCUGCACAAUAAACAGUCUUUUUAGGAAGACAUUGAUUUUGCGCAUUUUUGCAGAUGAGAAAAUUGAGACUCAAAAGAGAUUAACUUUCCCAAUGCAAAUAGCUAGUGUUAGUAGAGCCUAGAAUAGAAUUGAGGCUGUAAAGGACCUUGUUCUUUAAGCUACUAAACUGUAAACUGUAAUUCUGUAUGCAAUAAUGUGUAAUAUUAUAGUAAAAGGAGUUUUCAGUGAUCUUGAAAACACACAGUGGGUUACUAUAAAUACUAAAAUAAAUCCCUUAUGCUCCUGCCUCUAGCAUGGUUUAGGGAGUGCCAGGGCAGUAUGUGGAUACAGUCACCUUGUUGUCAGCAUCUGUUUAUCCAGAAUCUGGGUUCUCUGCAGGACCAAUGUGCUGCAUAGGAUUCCUCAGAUCCUAAGGGGUAUUCCUCCCUGCUGGAUGCUGGCUAUUUUGCUUGUUACCCUUACUCCCCCUCCUCAGCCAAAGCAGUCUUUGGGAACUAAAGCUGCCAGCUUGUUUCAUCUUUGCUGACAAUAUUCAUCUCCUGCCCUCUGAUGAUCUUUGUGCUUGGUUCCUGCCCUCAGCCUGAAUGUCCACCGGGAGGCUAAAUUCCUCCUUUGAGUCCUGCUCAAGGACCAGUCUUGGCUCAGCCUUACCUCACUCACUCUCUCCAAGACUUCAUAAAGUGCCAAGAAAAUUAGGCCUGUAAGUUUUUACUUGGCCAGCUUUACAGGGUCGGGACUGAGUGAGUGCCUCCUUAAGUUUUGUAUCCUGUAUGCCUCCCUCGCCUUACCUUUGUCCCAGCCCUUCAGCUUUAGGUAUUUAGAUGCUGAUUAGCCAUUUCCCAAUUCUAACUCAUACUGUACAGCUCUCUGCCACUCUUCUCUGCCCUUUCUUUGUCCUGCCUUACCUUGUUCAGCCCUAGUCAAGAUUAUGAUAAUGCUCUGUCCCCCCCAGGAUCCAACCAUCCAACCCUGGUAUUCUGGUAACUUAGUGAUGUUCCAAGGGAAAUGUAUUUGAUUGGCAUUCUGACUCAUAUGAGUUAAGAGUCUGAUUACCAUGUGUAUUAGUCAGGGUACAAUUAGAAGAGCAGAACCACUAAGAUAAAGAUAAUGUAUAAAUGUAUUUUAAGGGA